AUGGUGGGCUGCAUCCAGGCGGGGUCCGGUGGUGGCACAGUCGCGUCCAAGAAAGUGGCGUCGGGUGUCAGAGGCACCGUCAGCGCUCGAGGGAAUCUCUCUGUGGGGAAAUGCCAGACGGGGCGUUGGGCUGAGACCCGGGGCAUUGGGGUCUGGUGCCUCCUGCUCCCAAUUUUCUGUGUGAAACCAAAAGAGUUGGCACUUGCGGGUUAUGGAGACUGGAACUCUGGGACAAACAGAGGGUAUGAGAGCUACAACUGCGGCUAUGGCUACGGGCAGGACAACUCGGGCAGCUAUGGCUACGGCAUGGCUGCCUCCAACUCGUGGGAUAUGGGCAACUCGGACAUGGACAUGAACCCAGAUGGUGCUGGCAGUGCCGACGCCGUCAUUGCCAAAAUGAACCAGCGCCUGGACGUGGUGUCCCACCUGGAUGCUGACAGCAUGCAGGGCAGGCACUACGGCUCCGGCGGGGAUCGGUACGACUCAUACGAAUCCUACGACUCGAGGUCCUCGCUGAAUGACCGGGACAUGUACCGCUCCGGUUACGACUACAACGAGAACGAGAACGACAACGCCUACGACAGUCACUACGACGGUCACUACGACGACCACUAUGAAAGUCACUACGACAGCUUCUAUGGGACCCGCAGGGACCAGUACCAGCACAGGGCACGGGAUGGCUUUGGCCAACGGGGUCAGAACUGGGCGCGGGACGGGCGCAACACCAGAGCCAUGGCUUCACCGUACUCGGGGCGCAUGGGCGGGCAGUGGAGCGACGCGCCGCGAGGCCUCGGCCCCCACGGCUCCUCCCGCCUGCCUUCCCUCUUCUCCCACAACAUCAUCCCAGAGCUCGGCGCGUUCCAAGGGAUGCGAGGAUUUUCGGGGAACGUGCGCUUCGGAGGAGGCAUGAUGAAGCAGAGGAUGAGGAGAAACUGGAAAAUGUGGGAUUCGGACUUUAAACCUCAGAAAAAGAAAAUGAAGAAGGACCUCACCGGAAAGAAGAGGAAGCAAACCAGCAGCUCAGAUUAACCCGACAGCAAGGCGGCGAAGACAGAUGGCUCCGAAUCGGACUCUGACAACGAGGAAGGAACCGAAGGAGAAUUGGGAGAAAAAGAGGAGAAAGAAGGCUCCAGAGGCGAAGGGGAAGAUGAAGAAGGUCGAGACUCAGAGAAAGGUGCUUUAACAAUUCAAGAAGAGAUCAGUCAAAUCAAACGCAAAUUACAGGCGGGCAAGAAAACUCAAGAGAGGCAAAAGAAGAGGCACCGAGAUCGCAUGGUGGAAAGGAUCCAGUACAUUUGCUCCCUGUGCAAAUAUCGCACCUUCUACGACGACGAGAUGAACAGCCACCUGGAGAGCAAAUUCCACAAGGAGCACUUCAUGUUAGUUGGAACCAAGCUGCCCCAGCAGACUGCUGACUUCCUGCAGCUGCUACUCCUCACUCUUGCCUUCCGGGAAUACAUUGCCAAUAAAACGAGGAAAACUGAAGAGCGCCAUAAAGCAAUUGAGGACAUCAACGCCGUUAUCCAGCAGAUCUACAGGGACCAGGAUCUCACACAAGACAUCGGUAUGGAGCACUUCAUCAAGAAGGUGGAGGCCGCUCACUGCGCUGCCUGCGACCUCUUCAUCCCCAUGCAGUACGGCAUCAUCCAGAAGCACCUGAAGUCUCUCGACCACAACCACAACCGCAGGGCCAUGAUGGAGCAGUCCAAGAAAUCCUCCCUGGUAGUGGCCAGGAGCAUUCUGAACAACAAGCUGAUCAGUAAGAAGCUGGAGCGGUACCUGAAGGGUGAGAAUCCUUUCACAGAUGACCCCGAAGAAAAAGAGGAGCACGAGGAGGGAGAAGGGGGAGCGGCUGGGAACGUGGAGGAAGGGACAGCAGAAGGAGGAGACGAAAACAAGGACGAGGAGGAGCAUCUGGAAGAAGAGAAUGGGGAUGAUGAGAACAAGGAGGAAAACGUGGGCGAUGAGAACAAGGAGGAAGAGAAUUUAGACAGUGAGAAUAAAGAGGAAGAAAUUUUAGACGGUGGAAACAAAGAGGAAGGAAAUCUGGAAGAUGAAAGCAACAAUCCCAAGGAGAACCCAGAAGGAAAUGAAAAUGAGGAGGAAGAAGAAAAAGGGACAAAGAGGGAAACUGAGGCCCAGGCAGAAGCACAAGAAGUGGAGCUGGGUGCAGGGAGCAGAGGGGGGGAGGAGGAGGAGGAGAGCUGGCAGCCUGCUGGGGAGUCGCUGCCCGAGGAUGAAGAGCAGCAGCCAGCAGAAGGUGAAGAGGAGGAGGAGGAGAGUGAAGAAACGGCUGCUGCUCCUGAGGAGGAGGCAUAAAACAUUGGAUGGAAAAGCUGACGUGAAAGAACUGGCAUCUUUUUUUUAAGAACAUUGGAAAGAAGCGUAACUGUAUCUGUGAAUUUCAUAGCACACGUUGAAUUACCGUUCCACUAAACCCGUGUAGGUAGUGGAAGCCUUUACCUGUAAAGUGAUGGGGGAAAAUAGAUUCUUAUUUUAUUUUUUUGUUCUGUUUUGUUUUUGUUUUGGUUUGUUUUUUUUUUUUUUUACCAAAUCUUCAUUUGAGUAGCUAGGUUUUGUGUGGUCUGGUUUUUUAGAUGCCUUUGUACUAGGAGAACUUCUCUGAGCAUGUGUACCAACCAGCACAUCGUCACCGCCUGGCGAAGGAGAGCUCUUCUCUCUUCCCCCGGACACAUUUUCUAUAUUUAAUGAAGAUGUGGUUUGUCCCCUCAGCCUGUCCGCCUGGAGCCAGCAGAAGUUCCCUCGCAGGGCGUCCAUUCCUGCGACGCACGCUGUGAGGUUCUGCGUCGUCUCCGUGUGACUGUAAUAUUUCCUCCCCGAUGUUUUAAUGCGGAGCGAAAGUUUUCAGUGGUGUCAACGUUUGUGGUGUUUGUGAAAUGCUUUCCCUUGGAGGUGGAUGUUGUGGUGGGUGGAGAUAAAGGACUACCUGCGACUGCCCCGACUCUGCCUUCAUUUCAGAGCUGGGAGGAGGUGGAGGCUCAGCACAGCUCUGCUGCCCCUGAAGUGUCAUCACCCGGAGUGCAGAUCUGCCUCUGGGAUGAGGUUUGAUUGCCGUUCUGUGCUGCUGUGAGCGUUAAGGACCCUUCCAGCAUAACCCGUUCUCUGGUUCUUUGACCUUCAAGGACCCUUCUGAUCCCACGGCUCUGUGAUUUUCUGACCCUUCCAACCAUUCCAUCAUCUCUAAGAUCCCUUCCCAAUUUAUUUCAUGAUUCUUAAGGACUCUUCCAACCCUUCAUGGGCAGGACAUGACACAAGCGUUCCAUCAGCAAGAAGUGCUCAAUCCACAAUUAAAUCUCUCCUAAUUAGGGCAUUGCUGCAGCUGCUGUUAAGGUUUCGAGGCUUUUCAAGUGAAGCCUUGCUCCUUAAUGCACCAACCAUUGCUGUGCUGCAGACACGUUGCAGGACGUUCUGUGGAAUUUGUUCUCCCUCAAGCACCACAUUUCCUCCUCAUAUUUCCUCAUUUUUCCCUUCGUAAUGCCGUUUUUGGGUCACAUUUCCCUCUUUUGUCCUCACUCUCCUUUAUCUCUCUCCUUACACUCCUCCACUUUCCCCACAUUUUUCUUCCCGUUUCUCCUCUUUUUUCACCUUUUCCCAUUUUUCCUUCACGUUUCCUCAUUUUUCCCCCAUUUAUUUUCCUUUCUCAUUUCUCCCAACUUUCCCUUCACUUUCCUUCACUUUCUCCUCAGAUUUCCUCAUUUUUCUCUUCCCGUUUCCUCGCCUUUCUCCAUUUUUCCCACUCAUUUCUUCAUUUUUCCUUAUUUUUCCCUCCUGUUUAUUUAUCUCUUCUUUUUCCCCUUCAUAUUUCAUCCCUUUCCCAUUUUCCUCUCCUUUUCCUUCACUUUUCCCCUCUACUGUCUCCGUUUUUCCUUCACUAUUCCUUAUUCUUCUUCCUUUUCCCCCAUUUUCCCCUCUGUUUUCCCCUUUGUUGUUGCUCUUUUCCCCCCAGAAUCGAACUGAAUUCCCCUUUCCAUGUUAAUCGCAGCUCCUCGAGGAGCAGCAGAGGGACGGGGUCACGCUUAGGGCUGAGGUCAGGGGUCAGAGGUUACGGUGUCACUCUGCUGCCUCAGGGCUGCGCAGCAGGAGCAGGCCGCAGCUCCAUAGCAACCGCAGCUUCCGCCGCCACCGCGACCCCCAGUGCGUGAGGUGACCUCGUAAAAUGGGGGAGAGGGAAAUGUGCGCGGGCAGGGAGUGGUGGGUUGGGGGAGAAGGGCGUUAAGCUCAGAAAGUGGGGAUUUAGGUUUGAUGUGAGGAGGGAAGGUUUUAUUGCCUUCAAGGACCUUUCCAGCCCAACUCGUACUUUGAUCUUUCAGGACCCUUCCAACCCGAUCAUUCUGUUGAGCUUUGAGACCCCUUUAUAUCCAACCAUUCUGUGGCACUGUGGUUUUAUGACUUUCAAGGACCUUUCCGGCCCAUUCUGUGGUUCUGUGAUCUUUAAGGACCCUUCCAACCUGAGUCGUGCUGUGAUGGUGCAGUUCUGUGAUCUUCAAAGACCCUUCCAACCCAACUCAUUCUGUGAUUUUCUGAUCUUUAAGGACCUUUCCAACCCAACCCAUUCUGUGGUUCUGCGAUCUUCAAAGACCCUCCCACCCCAAGCAUUCUGUGAUUCUGUGAUCUUUAAAGAUCACAGGCCCCUUCCAACCCAUUCUGUCGUUCUUUGGUUCUGUGAUUUUUAAGGGCUCUUCAACUCAGCCAUCCCAUGGGAUAGCUGUGGCACAUCUGACCUAAAGCCAGGCGUUUUGGCCUCAAAAUCCACCUCACGCUCUGCCCCCUGUGAUGCACUCUGUAGAUCAUUUUAUGAAGGGGUCAGUGAUGCUCUGGGUGUAAAAAUUGCCUUUUAUUUCCCAAAUGUUUCAUGAGUUUUCUUCUUGGGAGAUGCCUGCUGAUAAGACACUGCUGACACUGGGUUGUUCAUAACUGUCACUAGGGUAGCACGGAUCUCAUGCAGCUCUUUGAGUAGGUGUUCCCCAGGGAAAGGGUUGAGCUGGGCUUUGUUUUCUGAUUGGUUUUAAGGUAAUUAAGGGCAGAAAGUGAAACCGUGUUGGAAAAACACCGUAUCCUGAAACCAGCUUCCUUACUUUGUGUUCUUCUUGCAGGUUAUGGCUCCUGGAGUACUGGAGCCACCAACACACAAGGUACCUACGCAGCGGGUGCGACAAGCUGGCAAGGCAUGGCGGCAAAGGAGAACUAUGAGGGGUCCUCGUGGCAGAGUUGGCAGUCCCACUGUGAGAGCCCCAGGGCAGACAUGGGGAAGGCUGCACAAGGUCAGAGGUCCCUUCAAACCCAAACCAUUCUGUGACCUUCAAGGACCCUUCCACUCCAAACCAUUCUAUCACUCUAUGAUUCUGUAAUGCUUAAGGAACUUUCCAACCCAUCCAUUUUGUGAUUUCAUGGUUCUGUGACUUUUAAGGACCUUCCGACUAAUUUCAUCAUGCCAUGAUCUCAAAGGACCCUUCCAACACAAGCUGUCCUAUGCUCCUGCAACUUUUCAACCCAACCAGUUCAAGGAUUCCGUGGCUCUGUGAACUGUAAGGACGCAUUUCCACCCAGGCAUUUUUAGGGUUUUGGGGCUUUGUGACGUUUAAGGACCAUUCCAACCCAAGCAGUUCUAGGAUUCAGUAUUUUUUUAACCUUUAAGGACCGUUCCAACCCGACCAGUUUUCGGGUUCCAUGGUUCUGUGACCUUUCAGAUCAGGUCCAACCCAACCACAUCUGGGGUUCCAUGGUUCUGUGACCUUUCAGAUCAGGUCCAACCCAACCACAUCUGGGGUUCCAUGGUUCUGUGACCUUUAAGGACCAUUCCAACCCAACCAGUUCUGGGGUUCAAUGGCUCUGUGACACUUAGGGACCAUUCCAAUCCAACUGGUUCUAGGGUUCCAUGGUUCUGUGACCUUUAAGUUCCUUUCCGAUCCAAGCAGAUCUGGGGUUCCAUGGUUGUUUGACCUUUAUCGACCAUUCCAACCCUAAUAUUUCUAGGGUUCCAUAGUUCUGUGGCCUUUUAAAAACCAUUCCAACCCAACCUUUUCUAGGGUUCCAUGGUUCUGUGACCUUCAAGGACCAUUCCAUCGCAAACAGUUUUGGGGUUCCAUGAUUCUGUAACCAUUAAAGACCUUUCCAACGCAAGCAAUUCUGGGGUUCUGUGGUUCUAUGACCUUUAAGGACCAUUCCAACCCAACAUUUUCUAGUGUUCCAUGGUUCUGUCAUCUUUAAGGAUCAUUCCAACCCAACUAUUUCUAAGGUGUCAUGGUUCUAUGACCUUUGAUGACCAUUCCAACCCAACCAGUUCUAGUGUUCCGUGGUUCUGUGACCUUCAAGGACCAUUCCAACCCAAGCAGUUCUGGGGUUCCAUGGUUCUGUGACCUUCAAGGACCUUUCCAUCCCAACCAUUUCUAGGGUUCCG